AUGAUCAGCUCAGACAGCAGCAAGAAGAAGGCCGCGCCCAAGUCGCGCAAACGCAAGACAAGCGACGCAGGUGCCGGUGGCAGGUCACUCCUUGGUCCGGGGAAGCGCUUACUUAGUGAUGGCGAUACAUCAAUUACCGGGAGUGACUCCUGCACGGACAUUCAGGGAGCCCAAGCAGCUCAAUCGAAGCCACUUGCGCGUGGAGAGUUGGUGGAUAGCAUCAAGCACAUGCUCUUUGGCUUCGGGGACGAGAACGAGCCGCGCGACGAGACGGCCCAACUGAUGGAGGAGCUGGUGGUAGAAUACGUGCACGCAAUGACAAAAAAGGCGAUGGAUCUGGCAGCUGUCAAGGGCAAACUGGACACCGAGUGCUUCAUCUUCCUCAUCCGUAAGGAUCCUGAACGAUACAAUCGCGUUGCCGAGCUCUUACGUGCAAACGACGAGUUCCGAGCUGCACUGAAUAGCGGCUUUGAUCCAAGCGACGAGAAUAUGUACUGA